AGUACUGGAUGAGGUGAGUGAAAUAUGUGAACUGGAUGAUGAUGAUACUGAUACUUGGACUACUUCUGGAGAAAUACUAAGUUCUCAUCGUGGCGUAGAUUUUAUUCGAAAGGGACAAGGGGUAGUUGGGAGAGCAUUCUCAUCCAAAAGUGCAUGCUUUUGUAGGGAUAUAAGAGAAUUAAGCAUAACAGAAUGCCCGUUGGUACCCACUGCACGAUGCUACAAUUACUCUGCCUGUUUUGCAGUUUGUUUGCAGAGCUCUUGCUCGAACAAUUGCAUUUACGUACUAGAGUUCCUUUUACAUAAGAAUCAAAUAGACCAUGGGGAUCCUAGGACAUUGUUGCCUAGCCUAAUGAAGACAUUGAAAGAACGCCUCGGAAGUUCUUUUAAGAUUGCUUUAGGACAAGACUUGGGGCAGAAAUUGAUUGUUGAGGUUAUAAAGGUUUCUCCAGAGGAUAAUUUGAUUCUUUUGAAAUCUGCAAUGCUACCGAUGUUGAAUCUACACCUAGGCUUAGAGAAGUACAUGGAGGAGAAGGAAUGAUGCAAGUUGAUUCCUCAUCUCAGCAAGUUGAUACUGCAAAUGCUUAAAUAAAUGGUGUCCAUGGACAGCAGAGUGGAAUUGUUGGAUCUCCACUUAGACCAGAGCAAGCACAGGGCUUUAUCAACAUAUCAUGCCAAGAAUUAAUUCUUGCAGGAGUUGAUGUUGCGCACAAUUCUAUGAAUGGUAUUUAUGAACAGGAAGACGGAAUUGUUAGAUCUUCAACUGGAGAGGAGCUCGUGCAAAACAUGGUCAGCGUAGCACAUGAUGAACCUGAAAGAGAUGGUGCUAGUAUAGACCAGAGGGACAAUGAAAUGAUUAGCAUAAAAAUGCAAAAGUCUAGUUGUACUUUAAAAAGCGACCUUCGAAUUACUCGUGAGGUUCUUGAACAAAAUUCCAGGAGGAAACUUGAAGAUGCUGCAAAAAAUAUUGGAGUUAGUCGAUCUACAUUGAAGCGUAUAUGUAGGGAGUAUGGUAUUCACAGAUGGCCCCCUCAUAAAGCAAGGAAGGUUAAUCAAGCAUUUGCUGAACAGAAAAUUGUUCAACCUUCUACUGAAGAUACUCAUGAACACCACCAGUCAAAUGCAACAAGGUUAGAAGAUGAUAAUGGCAUGUGGGUGAAGGCAGAAUAUCAAGGGUUCAUGAUAAAGUUCAGGCUUCCAUUUUCUGCCCGUAAAAUCGAUUUGGAGGAGAAGGUAGCACAGCGACUGAAUCUAGCUGUGGGAAGUUUUAAAAUUGAGUAUCAGGAUGAAGAUGAUGAUCGGAUACGGAUAACCUGUGAUGAAGAUCUGAGAACGUUUAUGAGCAGCUUAAGCUCAUUAGGUAGGACUACAAUCAAAAUGUAUAUUGUUGAGGACAAUCCAAAUAGGAGAGAUCAAUAGAUUUU